ACCUCGAAGUAGCAGAUAGGUUUAAUUUAGUCGUUUAUAGCACAUAGAAGCUACAUCUCAGACCUUCUGCUGUAGCGUCGUCUUGUCUAAAUAGCUUUCGCGAAAUUCUGCAGAAAGCUGCGCGUGUCAGCCGCCACACACACCGUGCCCGGAGCGAUGGGAGAAGCCGAGACGCGUCAGAAACUGCUGCGCAAUGUGAAAAAGGAGGUGAAACAAAUCAUGGAGGAGGCAGUAACGAGGAAAUUUGUGCAUGCAGACAGCAGCCACGUUAUAUCUUUCUGUGCUGUAGUAGAGGCCUGUGUGCUGCAUGGACUCAAGCGUCGUAUUGCAGGCCUGCUAUGUAGUAAUAAGGUUGCUGCACUCUUUAUGAAGGUAGCAAAAACCUUCUCACCUGCUGAAGAGCUCUGUCGCAAGGUCCAGGAGCUGGAGCAACUUAUUGAAAACAGUAAGCAGAACAAUUCCUCGCUGAAUAAUGAACGCAGUCGGCAGUCCAAGUUGCCCAACCUCCCUCCGCAAGCCUUAAAAAACCUGUGGAUCCGGACCGCUCUGAUGGAAAAGCUCCUGGACAAGAUUGUCCUGUAUUUGGUGGAAAACAGCAGUGCAUUUUAUGAUAAAGAAGCUAUGCUGAUGGACCCUGUGGAUGGACCGAUCCUUGCAUCUCUAUUGGUUGGCCCUUGUGCUUUAGAGUACACCAAAGUUAAGACUGCAGACCAUUUCUGGACGGAUCCGUCUGCAGACGAGCUUGUGCAGCGGCACCGAAUCCACAGCAGCCACUGUCGGCAGGAUUCUCCCUCCAGAAGGCCCGCCUUGAUCCAGAAGAGACAGUCCAGUGGUAGCAUGGAUGAUCGGCCUCUCAUGUGGGUGAGAGAUUAUGUUGAAUCGCUUCACCAAAACUCCAGAACCACACUUCUGUUUGGAAAGAACAAUGUCCUGGUGCAGCCGAGAGAUGACAUGGAGGCUAUUCCAGGCUACCUUUCUCUUCAUCAAACUGCAGAUGUUAUGACACUAAAGUGGACACCCAACCAGUUAAUGAAUGGCAAUGUUGGAGAGCUCGAUUCUGAAAAGAGUGUUUACUGGGAUUAUGCCAUGACAAUUCGUUUAGAGGAGAUUGUGUAUCUCCACUGUCAUCAGCAAGUAAACAGUGGUGGGACAGUAGUCUUGGUGAGCCAGGAUGGGAUCCAGAGACCUCCUCUACAUUUCCCCAAAGGAGGUCAUCUGCUUCAGUUUCUCACUUGCCUAGAGACUGGCCUGCUUCCUCAUGGACAGCUUGACCCACCGCUGUGGAAUCAGAGGGGAAAGGGCAAGGUUUUCCCAAAACUGCGAAGGAGGAGUCCACACGGCUCAUGUGAUUCUGUAUCAGACAAGGAAGAUGAUGAAGCAACCGAUUAUGUGUUUCGGAUCCUUUUUCCUGGCAAUCAGAUGGAGUUCAUGGCCCUGGAAUUGAUGGAUCAGAGCGUUAAUAUGUGGCAACCAACCCCUAGAAAGUCCUCCUGCUCCUCCUGCUCACAUAAUGGCUCUUCUGAUGGCUCUCUGCCUAAUGGCUGCAAUCAGGAAAGGGCUCCUUUAAAGCUACUUUGCGACACAAUGAAAUACCAGAUAAUCUCUCGGGCAUUCUAUGGAUGGCUUGCAUACUGUCGUCAUCUGUCUACAGUUCGUACACACCUUUCUGCAUUGGUCAACACCACUAUAGUUGACCCUGAGGUACCCUGCAAUGCUCGAGGAGGUCUUUCUGUGGAGGUCUGGGGAAGUUUCCUCAAGGACAGCUCUGCCUAUGAGGAAAAGGAAAUACACAGGCUUGUGUAUUUUGGGGGCGUGGCCCCAUCACUCCGAAAAGAGGUCUGGCCCUUCCUUUUGGGACACUACCAAUUCACCAUGACUGAGAAAUGCAGACUGGAGAUUGAUGAGAAGAUGCGGACCAUGUAUGAACAGACUAUGAAGGAGUGGCAGGGUUGUGAGGUCAUCGUCCGUCAGCGGGAGAGGGAGAAGCAUGCCGAAGCCCUCGCACGAUGUUCAUCUGGAGCCAGUGUGGAAAGGGGACCCAUACAGCGGGACUCCACCAUUAGUACAGAUUCAUCUUUGAGUAGCAGCUCAGACCAACCGAAUGCCAACUCACAGAGUGAUUCCAGCAGCAGUGCACAGGUAUUUGAAUCAGUUGAGGCUGAGUCCAGGGCUGAAAAAGAAGAAACACAGCAAGGCAGCCCAGUGAAGACCACAGAUGGUCCACAGCUUCCCUCCUGCGACCCCUCCUCCCCAGGUGCAUUAGAUGAGCAUCCGGGAUCAGACAGCAACUCUCAUGUAAACGAGUCCAACAUUGAACCUUCAAUCUCUCAGCAGACAGCGGAAACAUCAGAAGUCUUCAGUGGAGAAGCAGCAGCUGGAGAGAAGAGCCAGCUUACAUUGAAUGAAUCAGAAGCAGAAAAUGAAGUGCAAAAGAUGGAUACAGAAUUAGAAAGCGAGACCAAAAUUGGUGAGCCCAACAAAACAUCUGAGUCAGAAAGUAAAGACGUAACAACUGAUGGAGUAUUAAAAUCACUAGACACAAAUAUGAAUUUGAAAUCAGCUCCAGGGAAUACUAAUGUUCUGAAGCUAGAGACUGAGAUUCAUAACGAGUAUUUCCAGGCGCCUCUACUUGGGCAGGCCUUGAGUCUUCAGGCAAACAAGAGCAAAGACCUGGAAGGGGAAACAUCUUGCCCACUUACAGAACAAGAAGACAGCAAUUUACUGAGUGAAAAAAAGACAGAAGUUUCUAAAAUAACUGAAAUUACAGAAGCAACAGUUUGUGAUUUUGCUGAAACCAAAAAGGCAGCAGAGAUUCAGUUUCAGAAACCUGGUUCGAAUUCUCCAGUCAGACAAGUACUGAAUGCUCUUCAGUCAGCAUCGAGGGGCAGCCUCUCAUUAUCAUCACACUCUCGGCAGUCUCCAGACACAGCCGAUUCAGAUGACUCUCCCUCUGCCUUGGAAAUGGAGGACAUUCCUGCAGGGAUAACAUGUGUGAACUCAGAGGACAUUGAGGUCAGGCCUUUGGUGGGUCUCGCUGCACCUCCUGUCUCCCUGGCACAAAGACAGAAAAUGGCAGCUGAGGACCUUGUCCUAGAUCACCAUCCGGACACAGCUUGUAACACCAGUCCUGAAGUCACUGACCUGGGCCUUUCUGAAGAAGAGCCCGAGAUGGACAACAUGCUCACUGAAGCAGGUUCAGCGGAAAUGAGCAAAGUAUCUAAAUAUGCAGAAUCCUCAGAGGAACAAACCUAUUCUCAAGAAACUCUGGACAUGUACUUAAUCAACUUGCAUCGCAUUGAUAAAGAUGUCAGACGGUGCGACAGGACAUAUUGGUACUUCACUUCUGAAAAUCUGGAGAAGCUGCGUAACAUCAUGUGCAGUUACGUGUGGCAGCAUCUGGACACUGGUUAUGUGCAGGGCAUGUGUGAUCUGCUGGCUCCUCUUCUCGUUAUUUUGGAUGAUGAGGUAAUGGCAUUUAGUUGCUUCACUGAGCUGAUGAAGAGGAUGAACCAGAAUUUUCCUCAUGGUGGUGCCAUGGACUCUCAUUUCGCUAAUAUGCGUUCACUUAUACAGAUCCUGGACUCCGAGCUGUUUGAACUGAUGCAGCAGAAUGGAGACUACACCCACUUCUACUUCUGUUAUCGUUGGUUUCUUCUUGAUUUCAAAAGAGAAAUGGUGUAUGACGAUGUGUUCUCUGUGUGGGAAACCAUUUGGGCAGCCAAGCACACCUCCUCCGAACACUUUGUGCUCUUUAUUGCUCUGGCACUUGUGGAGAUGUAUAGAGACAUAAUCUUGGAAAAUAAUAUGGACUUCACAGACAUCAUCAAGUUCUUCAAUGAAAUGGCUGAGCGACACGACAUCCCACAGGUCCUGAUGAUGGCCCGAGACCUGGUCCACAAAGUGCAGACUCUCAUAGAAAACAAGUGAAACAGGAUGCUGCAUCUUAUGAUCCCAUCAUUCUUUGUAUUAAACUGUUUAACACAUACUGACACUACAAAUAUGAUAGUCACAUAUUCAAGAAGAUGAGGAUUAAUAAGCAGAGUUUGGCACAUUCCUUGAUUCCUUAGUAGGGAGAUAACUUGUCAUUAAAGCUGCUCAUUAUUCUAAAGAUAGUUGUAAAACAACUUUUCUCCAGUUGCUCCUCUUUAUAUUUAGGAGAUUGAAGUAUUGUCAGUAAAUUAAUUUUUGAAUUGUUCUUGUUCGCCCAGUGAAUGUACCCUUGUUGAAACUGCUUCAGGAUGUUGUUUAUUUUGCCUUAACUUUAGCUGUCAUUUCAGGGAUACAAAAACCAAAUUCUUCACUGUUUAUAUUUCAUCAGUUUGAUUUAAUUCAGUUAAAUAUAUUGUGAUACACUUGAAUAUACUUUCAGUAGUAUCAUUUAUUUGAAAUUGUAGCUGCCAUGGUUAAACAUCUAAUACACUUGAAAGGGUUUUUAGUAAUAGAAUGUGGUGUCAUUAGCCAAUUUGGUUUUCUACACAUUAGAGGAAUAACUAAUCACAUAUGGAGCUGGUGAGUUUUACAGUAGAUAAUGUCCCAUUUGUGUGUGGUCACUGGCCUUGACAUUUGAUGGCCCUCUUUGUGUGCUUGCUAUUGAUGUACACAAGCUUGCAGGAACUGCAGACCUGAAACCUGUGCAGCCCAGUGUGAAUGGAACUUGCUGUCAUUUGCAUACACAGAAUCAACAUUUCCUCUGGUACUUGAUGUUCUCAUAGUGUUCUCCUUCUAUGUCUGACCUCUAUGCAGUGAUUUAAGGUGUGAUGAAACCCGCUGAAGUAUUUCUUUCUGUGCAGACCAGUUCAUCUCUGGAUGUAGCUUGCUUUUAUGGUUAGGGCAGAUUUUUAAGAAAUCACUUUUCCUGGAAACUCACAAUGUUGCUCAGACUAAACAAACAAGCGCAGUGUAAACGGAUUAUGUUUCCAUGCAGCAUUGUGAGAGUUGGCCAAUGGCUCAUUUUCAGCUUGUAGUAAAAGGAGGAGAUAGCUGUGUGCUUCCUUCACACCACACUUCCCUUUUUCACUUUCCACAAUCAAAUAUAUUUGCAUCUGUUUUGCCCUUCUGAUCACAGUUGCCUUGUCUUUAGCAUGUUUCACUCAUUCGUCUUGUCCAUACACUUCAGCAACAAAGUUGUCAAUAUUUCCCAAGCACGUCUCUCCAUUUUUACCUCAACACCUUUGGGUUCGUACCUGCUGAAAACCAUUUUAACAUGAUCCACACUUAAGCGACAGCCCUUCAUUUAAGGGUCAAAAGUGCAUAUUUUCCUUUUUAUGCAAUCCUGUUGUAUCCUGUGGAAGUCGUCUUUGCUUAGAAAGCACCAUAUUUAUUUAUUUGAAAGGAGAACCAAUUUCGUCUGCUGAUCCCUGGUAGUUUUUGAGUCACCAGAUCAAUUAUUUUACAAGAGUUUUUACAGUCAGAAAAACCAGAUGAUCUGCUUUUUAUCAGUUCAGAGAAUGGCUCUGUGGUUGCUUGUUUUGAGGUAUAUUGCCAAGCAGAUAAGACUGGUUUUGUGAGUGCAUAUUCUGAGAUAUACAUCUCAAAAUCUUUCUGCUGCUAUUUAAAUCAGUGGAGGUGGACAUGGUUUACUUUAUUCAGCUUUAAGUGGUAUAAAAUUGGUGCAUUGCUCCAGAAAUAUUUUUGUGAGAAAGGAACUCCAGGAUUUCUCCAUAUAUUGGGGACAGUUUAGAGGUUGUUUUCUCAAAAUCCCAGCCAACAUAGACAAAAUGGUUAACAUGGCAAGAAGCCAAAAGAGGUUAACCGAGGUUAAUCAGAUAAUAUCCUUUAUUGGUGCCACUUAGAUUUGCAAAAUAUCUGAAACACACCUGUGUUUGCCUCACUGUGGGUUAAGUUUCAGUGUUUUAAUAUCACGCUUAUGUGUCUCUGUAUGGUCUAAAACAUACCUGAGUAUUGCUAUUUGUGUAUUGCUGUUUGUUGUCAGAAGAUAAACAAUGUGUAUACAAUGUGCUGAAAUGAAGCAGAAUUGUUGUACAAAAACUAAGUAGAUAUUUAAUAAAUGCAAUACCAUGUCUGUAUAUGGACCUAGUCUGAUUACAAUGAAAAGAGAAAAGUGUGCCAUUGGAAAUAUUUAUUUUUUUCUGUCUUCUAAAAUAAGUCACUAAAUAUAAUUUAUUGUGUAUUAAAAAUCUU